GCAUGUACCACGGCUCAUCUGCGCGAAACUUUGCUUUUAUCGCCAAAUCUUUCAACUUCGGGAACCACUAUAAUAUGUUAACUUUGCUUAAGAGAAACAUUCCCUCAGGAUUCAAUUCACUCACAGGAGUACCUAGUCCUGUUGCUGGAUCCCAUCCAGCCAAAGCAGGGAAUCCACUAGUGUUGCACCCUCUAUUAGAUCCCCAGGUGAUGUCAGUAAAUGCAUCACGGGCUUCAGAAUAGAGCCAAGGAUUCAAGAAGCCUAGCGGUGGGUGCCCAUUGUCAAGCAAGGCAUCAUUGACCAGUGCGAUUAUGGCAGAAACUGUUGGAGCUGAAGCACUUGUUCCGUCCUGGAGAUGCGCUUGACCAUUCCAAAGGACAGAGAAGUGAUAACCUAGUGCGGCAAUAUCAGGAUAUCCGCGUCCCCUCCGAUUGAAAAGGCCUUGAUGUUCAUUUCCAAGAGCCUCCAGGUAAUUUUCAACCGCCAUGGCCUGAUAUCGUGGCCGUUCGAAAAGUUCACUGAAGCCACCGCCGCUGGCAAAAUCUCCGCGACCAUCGAACCCUACGAUCUCGGAACCCACUAGUCGCGUAGCUCCUACGCUAGUAACAUAGGGGCAGCUGGACGGGAAAGAGGGCGCAAAACGCCUUUGCUUGCCUCUGCCGUUAUCCAUUACGCACCGCUCACUUUUUCCGACCCCCCAGUCCCCACUAGCAACAAGGAUCGAGACGCCGCGGGCUCCCAGUUUGGCGAACUCCCUACAGACUCUCCUUGCGUACUCUGGGGGGACGGAUCGCUCGGUAUCAGCAUAUGAGAUAGAGAUAACGUGAGGUAAUGUCUCUUUAGUUUGCAUGUACUGGAGCCACGCCAGGUAUGGUUCAUUGGUGUUUUCUUGAUGGUCCUCGACAGGUCGAAAUGGGGGCUUCGAGCCUACAUUAUAUGUCGUCAUCGGAACCGGCCAACUGAGACCAAGGAUAGUCUGUGCGUCCAAAGCACCUUCGAACCCUUUAUUAGCAUUAUUCUGCUCUGGAGUAUUGGGUGUUUGUUGAUCAUCUCCAUCUGCUAUGAUCUCCGUCGUGAAUUGGUACGCUGCAUUCGCUUUGGCGGCGGAUGGAUUAUAACGGUUGAGGAAUAGCUCGAUGUCGGACCUAUUGUUGACUUCGCCCAGGAAAUUCACUAAUGCGAUACUAUUUUUAGCGAACGCCUUCUGCGGAUAACCCCAUGUGCCGUAAAGCACGCUUAGGCAUACUAUUGAGAUCGCUAGUCGAUUGCAUGCUUCCUUGACAGUGGGCGCCUGGGAUAGCUCAUGGGCUAGAGGGAUGCCGAGAUGGCCGCGCUCUAAGACAUCCUCUUCCACCAGUUCCUCAUAAGUUGGUAUACGAUGUUCUCUUUCCCAAUCCGGCGGGGGUAGGCCCCCAUAUCUAGAUUGCCCGCGUGGUAUGAAAAACGAGUUGGUGGGUUCGACAACAUCGAUGUGAUCGACUAGGCCGGCAGGUAUUGACCAUGUCAAGGAUCGUAUCAUGGUGAAUCCAUUCUCGUUUUGAUACUCCGCAUAAUUUGCCCUGAACAACCGUUCAACAACCCCGAUCGGUGCAUUAAAUGAGAUCAAGUCUUCAGAGGCGGAAACCGUCAAAUUUGACGGUAAGGAACUAGCUUCUUGGAGCCAGGCAGUUACCAGAUUAGAGGACGUCGGCGCCACUCUAACUAACCGAUUGACCUCAGUUGAAGAAAGGUACUUGCCAUAUCGGGGGUGGGAUGGAUCAGAGACUACGUUUAUUUUAACACAUACUAGCAAAAUCGAUGGAUAACAACACAAAACAUACUUUCCAUUAGAUGCUGCUCCAAUGUUUCCCAUCCAUGCUGCUUGAGCCCAAUGCUUACUCUAAUGACUCGAUCCCCUGAGACUGACGAUUUUCGCGACCAGCCUGUCGGCAAGUCCACCGAGCUCUUCAGCACAUAUCGUGUCUCUAAGAGUAGUGAUCCUAUACCUAAAUUGAAAAGAAAAAAAGAAAAGACAAUUCUUUGAAGAACUCUAGGAAUCAUGAUCAUUCGAUUUGUCAACUCUCAGACAGAGAUAUCAAAAAUAUAAACUCAAUUUCAUACAUCAUAACUACUUUCCUUAAUUUAGCCCUGCCCAUUAUAUCAAAACCGUUCCAUGAUGCUGACAUUGAAUGGUCCGCAUGUCAUGCUCGAUGCGCUAGUGCCGUAGUUGCUGACACUGCAUAUCACUGUGCUCACCAAUAAUAGUUAAGUUAGUUAACGGUUUCAUCGAUAGUUACCAAACUAAAGACAGCCACGCCUUGCCAUUCCGGGCAAAAAAUUACAGUACUCUUACUUGGCCUCGAACAGGUGUAACAUUCCUAGUUGGCGAUGUCUUGACUUUGCAGCUUUCUUCUUGGGCCAUGGGAUACCUAGAUAUGACUCCAUUUACCUCCCGGACACGUUCGCGCCUCUCUCUCUUUCAUGACUUCGCCAGCGGGAUACUUCCUAGCUAAAAUGGCCAUCCUUGGUAGAUAUCUUCUCGUAUCGAUUUACGCCCUCAUUUUGUUUAUCACCACCUUUACUGUCUCAGAGCCUGUUCAAUAUUGUCGAUUCGGCCACAAUGAACAUGGGCCAUCUAGCGUUGACUUUUGCAUGGGCGUUGCGAUGCAUUACAAUAGAUCUUCGCUCCAUCACGACAUGUACCUAACGAUGGAAAUUCCUCGAACGUCUGCACUGGGAUGGACUGCCAUAGGUACUGGAUCGUCCAUGAGAGGAUCAUUAAUGUUUAUCAUCUACGGGAUCCCUUCCGACCAGCAUGGCCCCAUCGUCAGUAUCCGCACGGUGGAUGGCCACACACAGCCGCAGUUGGUUUCUCAGAACCAGAUGGGCGGAGCGGAUCUUCGCGUGCUCCAAGCAUCGUGGAUGCAGGGUAGCCGUGCGAUGACUACUGCGAAAAUCGCCCUCGUGUGCUAUUCAUGUGAAAAAUGGCCAGGUGCUCCGAUCUCCGCUCAAGCCUCUUCACAGCCGUGGAUUUGGGCGUGGAACGAUAAACAAGAUAUCCCGGUAUACUCAUACGAUGUCCAUCUGGAUAUGCAUAAACACCAUGCUGGAAACGGUGGUUGGGGAAAUUUCUACGUGGAUAUGGCUCGAUCAGUUAGCACUGCCAAAACCCCUCCAUCAUUGCCCCCGAUUAGAACAGGGAUGCCCCGACUGGGGACGUCGGACAGCCCUUUAAGCGCAGGCGGUAUGAUAUCGUCGAUCAGAGACAACCCUAUAUCUUCUAUACACGGUUUUGUGAUGUUUGUUGCGUUCUUCAUCUUGUUCCCCCUUGGUACAAUAGCAAUGCGAUCUGGGUCCUCUAAGGCUUUCAAAUAUCACUGGUUCAUCCAGCUGGUAGCCUCUCUGUUCGCUUGGUCCGGUAUAAUCAUCGGACUCUUGAUGAACCACCACAUAAACACCGUUCACCAAUGGAUCGGUGUAUCUCUAGGUUCGUACCUCUUCAUCCAGGGCCUGCUGGGCUGGCAGCAUCAUCGGGUCUUCGUUCGCAUUCGCCGUCGGCACUGGGCCUCGUACUUACACAUAUGGCUUGGACGACUCACGCUAAUCCUGGGCUGGACCAACAUUAUUACUGGCAUGCUGUUGUCCGGAGCCAGCGUUUCUUGGUCCGCUUCUAUGGCAUGCAUAAUUGCCAUAAACGCUUUGGUUCUGUCUUUCUGGGUGUGGAAGGCUUCUAGACGUCAGUUGCGUGCCAAGGUGGCCACAGCCGAUCAGACUACCUCCCAAGCGGUGUGGCCUGAGCCCAAACAAGGGGACUACUUUGCCCUAGGCACAAUUGAUGAGGAUGACGACACAGAUUCGGAGGAGGAGAGAGAGAAUAAUAAGAAAAAGAAAACCCAUACACAAUAUGACCCUGCGCCCGGGCCUUCUGGCCAAUGAUAGCUUUGGAGCUGGGAAUUGUAUUUUGCAUUUAAAUAGGGAUACCGGCGGCCUGUAUCCAGGUAAUACGAAAUUUAGCAGACAGAGCUCCAUCCACUUUCCCAAAUUCAUGCCACCAUAUUCCGCGUCUCUCCGACAGCAUGGCUGUCGCGGCCGAUUCUCAAGCGUGCCAUAUAAAGGCCUAUAAAAAUUAUAGUUCGAUGGCCCUAAUUUAUACUACUUUGCUGGUAGGCUUGAGAAAAGAUAGUUAAUGAAUGCCAUAUUACAAACAUGGGAUAAAUUCUUGUCAUUCUGCGAGUCAGACGUGCUGUCUAGUUUCAGUUCCUUUUAUGCAUUACUCCAAGUGUUCAUAUCGUGUGUAAAAUCCUAAUGCUAUAUCCAUGGAUCUCUUUGUCUCAUUUGCUGGCUUGCUUGGUACCUGUCCCAAGGAGCUGUCUGUUUCCAUGUGUUACCUCCUGUGAAUUCCAUGUUGUUAAGAAACCGUCAGGGAUGUCUGAGUUAGUUACUUUCAUGCGCCCUCGCGGUGGCACAGUUCAUUUUCACUAGUGACAUUAUCAAUAAACGAUCAUAUUAUCCAUUAUAAUUGUCUCUCUAACGCGAUGCCGUCAUUCUGACUAUCUAUAUAAACG